UCCCCGCCGACCCCCGGCUUUCUGACAGGCACAUGGCACGUCACGCACUCCACCCUCCCCAUGUGGCGCAACGCGCGCAACGUCAAAAUAACAUACAAACCGCUCUCCCCCACCACCGCCACCGACUUCCCUCCCCUCGACGACCUAGUCACGUAUAAUCCUCUGAAGGGGGAGAAGGAAAAGGCCGUGCGCGGGGUGGACAAGAUCGAUGCGAGCAGCGGGGGCUGGGCGUACAAUUGGCGUGGGCGGGGGUGGUUGGUUAUUGCAGGGAGUCGGUGGGAGUGGGUGGUUACGUUUUUCGCGAAAACGCUGUUCACGCCUGCGGGGUUGGAUUUGUAUUCGAGGGGUGGGAAGGGGCUGGGUGAGGCGACGGUGGAGGGCAUUAAGAAGAGCUUGGCGGGGGUGGGGGAUGAGGUUGUUAGGAAGUUGGCGGAGGGGUUAUUCGUGGUGAAGAUU